CAAAAAGAAGACGAAGAAGAGAAUAAAUGGGGGGGGAAUGUUUUGAAUCAUGCUCCUGUUUAUUUUUUAUUAAGUUAUUUUUGUCAUGAGCGAACCGUCUGCUUUAUCUUGACGCCGCAAGAAUGAAGUUAGCAGACAUUAAGAAGUUAAAAGUGGCCGAACUGCGGUCCAAACUAACAGAACUGGGAUUAGACUGCAGAGGACUGAAGGCUGAUCUGGUGGAUAGACUGUGGCAUGCCUCCCAGUCAGGACAGACUCCAGAACAGGAGAAACCGCCAGACGACAACUCUUCAACACCGUCUGGACCCACAGAACCAGCUGAGGUUCUGGUUUCACAGUCUGAGUCCUCAUCACCGCCGGAGUUGGACUGUGCUGCUGCGCCGUGUGAAGUAGACCGAGGUAGAGAGUUCACGAACACCGCCACACAGACCGAACCAGAACCCGGUCCGUUAGCCGCAGUACCGCCGGGUUCCGGAGCAGAGACUGUCUGCAGGGUUAAUGAGAAGCAGCUGGGCCUUUCCGGUGGUUCUGCUUCCGAGGAGACUGACAGAGGAAGAGCUUUCUACGAGUUCAAGGAGGAGAUACGAUACAAAAGAUGCAAAUCACCUCAGCCUCCACAGGGCAAGGGAGAGGAAGAGGAGUUGGAUGAAGAUAAAGUUAGAUUAGAUCCAUAUGGCUGUCACCUCCACUUUAAAGUGAGCUCUGAUGGAUCCUGUGGGGAGCCACGGUUCUGGGACCGGUUCCCCUUGCUGUGGUCUGGCUGCAAGCUCAGCCACGGCGUGCGGCAGGGCAGGGUGGGCUUUGAGGUUCGGCUGGAGAGAAAGUUGACGAAUCUAGAGCCAGAAGCCCUACAAGCCAAGCAGGCGUAUGGACUGAGAGUGGGCUGGUCAGGAGGAGAGUCCUCUCUGCUGCUGGGAGAGGAUGAGCUCUCGUUUGCUUAUGACUCCCGCGGUAAAAAAGUAUCUGGUGGAAACGAAGAGGAGUACGGUGAGCCUCUGUCUGAGGGCGACAUCAUUGGCUGUUAUGCUUCUUUUUCUACGGAUGGCGCUGUUGAGCUGUUUUUCCACAAGAACGGUCGUCUCCUGGGUCGAGCUUUUGCCCUGAGUGCCUCUGCUCUCCGUGCUCAAGUCUUGGUUCCUCAUGUUCUCUGUCAGAACUGCUCAGUCCGAUUGCUUCUGGACCCCAUAGCCCCUUGGUGGUACCCAGGACCGCCGGGGUUUACAUCACUGGCGGCGCUCGCUGCUGGUCAGAGAGAACGUGUCACAGCAGCUCCUACUUCCAAAGCGCAGUGUGAGGUGGUGAUGAUGGUAGGGCUUCCUGGUUCUGGGAAGAGCUUCUGGGCUCAGACUCUGAUGAAGCAGCAUCCAGAGAAGAAGUACAGACUGCUGGGAACAGAGGAGCUGCUUUCUUGUAUGCUUAAUGGUGGUCAGAGUGACAGCAGGCUGCAACAGGCCUCCCAGUGUCUGACCGAUCUGAUCAAGGUCGCUGCCGAGACGCCUGGAAACUACAUCCUCGACCAGUGCAACAUCCUCUUCUCUGCACGUCGGCACAAGCUGCAGCUGUUUGCAGGCUUCAGACGGAAGGUGGUGGUGGUCUUCCCUCCUGCAGAUGAGUGGAAGCGACGGCUGCUUCAGCAUCGAAUGACUGAUGGUGUGCACAUCCCUCAAACCGCCCUGCUCAAACUCCAAGUGAGCUGCAGUUUUCCAGAGCUACAGCCUGACCUGAUGGAGGAGUUGGAGUAUGUGGAGCUGCUGCAGGAGCAGGCUCAGAUCCUCCUGAAGGAGUACAAACAGGAGGCUCACAGACUGCUGCCCCCCGUCAUCAAACCAGACAAGAAACCCAAAUCGUACAAAAAAAGGCGUCACUUUCAGUGGCCUCCAAACAGGAAGCAGUGGACAGCAGUCCAUGGCUGGGCCGACCCUAGAAGUAACUUGCAGUCGUGGAGCCAGCAGCCGCGACAUUGGCCCCCGCCUUAUCAACAGGAGAACUAUGACUACAGCAGAAAUGUUGGUUACAGCGGAUACCAGAGUUACUCCUGAGUUAACAUGGGACGAUAAAAACGAGGCAGCUGCAUCUGUGGACUUGGGAUAUUUUCUGAUAUGAAUCGCUGCAGAGAAUUUAGGCAGACCACAGGCCGAAAAUCACCAGGCAUCCCUCAUUUUAUAAAUAUUUUUAUUGAAAAAAAGAUUGAAACAGUUUAUUUUUGUUC